CUGUCGGCUCAGCUGCCCCUGCGGGGCGACGUCCUCCUGGUGCAGCAGGAGAAGGAGACGCACGCGGCUUUCAUGGAAGAGGUGAAGUCUCGAGGACCAUAUAUUUACUCUGUCCUGGAGUCAGCACAGGCUUUCCUUUCCCAGCAUCCAUUUGAGGAAUUGGAAGAACAAACCUCAGAAAGUAAAGACGUGUCCCCUCGGCAGCGGCUGCAGAGCCUGAGCCGCUUUGUGUGGAAGCAGGCCAACGUGGCCAGCGAGCUGUGGGAGAAGCUCACGGCCCGCUGCGUGGACCAGCACCGCCACAUCCAACGCACCCUGGAGCAGCUGCUGGAGAUUAAAGGGGCCAUGGAGGAGCUCAGUGUCACCCUGGACCAGGCUGAAAGCGUGAGGGAGACCUGGGAACCCAUUGGGGACCUGUUCAUUGACUCCUUGCCGGAGCACAUCCAGUCCACCAAGCUGUUCAAAGAGGAGCUGUCCCCCAUGAAGGAUGGAGUGAAAGUGGUCAAUGACCUUGCACACCAGCUUGCCAUCUCAGAUGUCCACCUGUCCAUGGAGAACUCCCGUAGCCUGGAGCAGAUCAACACCCGCUGGAAGCAGCUGCAGGCCUCCAUCAACGACCGGCUGAAGCAGCUCCAGGAUGCUCACCGGGACUUUGGACCAGGCUCCCAGCACUUCCUGUCCUCCUCUGUCCAGGUGCCCUGGGAGCGAGCCAUCUCCCCCAACAAAGUGCCAUACUACAUCAACCACCAGGCCCAGACAACGUGCUGGGACCACCCAAAGAUGACAGAGUUGUACCAGACACUAGCUGAUUUGAACAACAUCAAGUUCUCGGCGUACCGGACAGCGAUGAAGCUGCGGCGGGUGCAGAAAGCCCUGAGAUUGGACAUGGUGACCCUGGCCACAGCCUUGGAGAUCUUCAACGAGCACGACCUGCAGCCCAGCGAGCGGGCGAUGGACGUGGUGGAGGUGAUCCACUGCCUCACCUCCCUCUACGAGAGGCUGGAGGAGGAGAGGGGCAUCCUGGUGAACGUGCCCCUCUGCGUGGACAUGAGCCUCAACUGGCUGCUCAACGUCUUUGACAGUGGCCGCAGCGGGAAGAUGAGGGCUCUCUCCUUCAAGACGGGCAUCGCGUGUCUGUGCGGGACGGAGGUCAAGGAGAAGUUUCAGUAUCUCUUCAGCCAAGUGGCCAACGCCGGGGGCCUGUGUGACCAGCGGCACCUGGGCGUCCUGCUCCACGAAGCCAUCCAGGUGCCACGGCAGCUGGGCGAGGUGGCGGCCUUCGGGGGCAGCAACGUGGAGCCCAGCAUCCGCAGCUGCUUCCGCUUCAGCAACGGGAAAGCUGCCAUCGAGGCGUCGCAGUUCCUGGAGUGGGCCAACCUGGAGCCGCAGUCCAUGGUGUGGUUGGCCGUGCUGCACCGGGUGACCGUGGCCGAGCAGGUGAAGCACCAGACCAAGUGCUCCGUGUGCCGCCAGUGUCCCAUCAAGGGCUUCAGGUACCGGAGCCUGAAGCAGUUCAAUGUGGAUAUCUGCCAGACUUGCUUCCUGACGGGCCGAGCCAGCAAGGGCAACAAGCUGCACUACCCCAUCAUGGAGUACUACACCCCGACUACAUCCAGUGAGAACAUGAGAGACUUUGCCACAACGCUGAAGAACAAGUUUCGUUCCAAGCAGUACUUCAGCAGACACCCGCAGCGCGGUUACCUGCCCGUGCAGUCCGUGCUCGAGGCUGACUUCUCCGAGACCCCAGCCUCCUCCCCGAUGCUGCCACACGCCGACACCCACUCCAGGAUUGAGCACUUUGCCAGCAGGCUUGCAGAGAUGGAAAGCCAGAACUGCUCCUUCUUCAAUGACAGCCUGUCCCCUGAUGACAGCCUGGACGAGGACCAGUACCUGCUGCGCCAUUCCAGCCCCAUCACUGACAGAGAGCCUGGGGGCAGCCAGCAGCCUCCAGGAAACCUCAGCACUGAAGGCAAGGGAGAGCUGGAGCGAAUCCUGGCCCACUUAGAGGAUGAAAACAGGAUCCUGCAGGGGGAGCUGAGGCGUUUGAAGUGGCAGCAUGAUGAGGCAGUGGAGUCCCCAACGCUGGCUACGGGCUCCCCUGAGGCAGUGCAGGAGCCACACAACGAGGAGCUGCUGGCUGAGGCGAGAAUGCUGCGGCAGCACAAGAGCCGCCUGGAGACACGCAUGCAGAUCCUGGAGAGCCACAACAGGCAGCUGGAGUCCCAGCUGCAGAGGCUGAGGGAGCUGCUGCUGCAGGUAAGCCUCCAGCAGAGUCAGAUGGCAAUGGUUCAGCAGCUUCUUCCCUGGCUUCUUCUCCACAUCAGUCUGAAGGCAGCCAGGCAAAGGAGAAAGAGCACAACACCCCUGACACUGAAGCUGCAGAUGAGGUGGAAGCCAAAAGCCACGAAGUCAGCGUGUGCCUGGAAGACAUCAUAGAGAAGCUGCGGAGUGCUUUCCCCAACUCACGAGCACCUCCAGCCAUGGGCUAACACUGCUGGCGCUGGCGGGUGGCCUGGACACAGAGGAGGAGGAGGAGGAGGAGGAGGAAGAGGUUCCACACCUGCAAGGAGAGACAUCAGAGCUGCCAAGACCAAGCAGAUUGCCCCAGCUGAGCUGCAAGGCAGCCUCCUGCCCUGCUCAGGGUGGCCAGACCUGGCAGCAUGGAGGCUGCAGCCAUCCCCCUCAGCCAGCUCCUGGCCUCAGCCCUGGCCAGGCCCCUCUGCAGGGCAGGUCGAGGCCCCAGGUCCCUGGUGAGAGGGAAGGGAUGGUGCAAGCUCUGCUGGCUGCCCAUGGAUGGCUCUUCCCAGCAGGGAGGGGACUGGGGGUGUGGAUGGACCUUCACUUGUCUGCUGGGUUUUGGUGUUGGUGUUUGUGCUGUCCCUCUGUGCCACAGGCUGCCCAUGGGUGUGCUGGGGGCAGAUGUUGCUUGGUGCCAACACUAACAGGAGAUGGGGGAGAGCUUCCUUCUCUGGCUAUGCAGACCCUCACCUGCUUUCUGCCAUCCCUGAGCAGGAUUGUCCUGGCUCUGCAGCAGCUCUGUUCUAACCACUAUCUCCUGGUCUUAUUCUCCUGACCUAUCCAUUUCUCUUUCAGGUAUGACCUCUCUUAUCUAACACCUCCUGUGAGCCAGAGGCUUUCCUAACCAGAUACCUGGCUGCUUUCCUCCCCCUCCUCUCCCUGCCAUGCUCCCUGUGCUGCAGCAGGCCUCACACAGACUCCCUCUGAGCCGGUUGUGCAGGAUGCUCACCAGCUCCAGAAGAUCUCAGGGGAACAUAGGUCAUGCAGGAGCAUGGGACUGGGAACUCCCCAGGAGGUUGCUUUUGGUCCAGGCCUGGGUGGAAAGGUUCAGAAGGAACUGAAGCAGUGCCAGCUGCUGUCUCCCCUGGUGCUCCUGGGCUGCUGCCUUUGUCUGCAGUCCUCAGGGGAUGCAGAGCUCAGCAUCCCGGCUCCUCUUCACCUGUGCCCAGGGGCCUCCGAGGUUAUGGGCACCAAAACACUCCUGGAGCCACCUGGUUUUUAAAAAGAACUCUUUCUAACAGCACCUAGCUGCCAGCCUUAUGGACUGAACCCUCUCUGCCACCCAGGGCCCUGCAGCCAGCCAGGCACAGACCUGCUGGGGAGGACCAGCGAGGUUUGUGGAGGAGGGACGAGUCCAUGUCAGAGCUUCAGCCCAGCUAGUAGCCUUAUCCUGAUAGGGUCUUUAUCACACAGCCUUAUCAUUUAACUUGCAUCUAUUUCUAUAUAUUAUAUAUAUAUUCUGUACUUAAAAUACUCUCAUGGACUCACUCCAUUCAAUUCUAAUGCUGGUCCAGCUCCCACAGGGGCUCAGCACCUUCCCUGCUGCUGGCCCUGCCUUGGGGCAGAGCUGCUGUGGGGGAAGCUCAGCAGAGGGCCAGGCUGGCAGCAGGAACUCUGUCCCCAACCUGGUUUCCAGGGGAGCUGUGCCUUUGCUGUGGCACAGAGAGCCUGUCCUGAGCAGCCCCAGGGCAGCCUUGGCUCCUGGGGCCAUCCAUCCCCAUAGCACUGCAGGAAGGGCUGUCUCGAGCCCCAGCUCCAGCCAUGGGGCCAGUGGGACGUUGGGCUGUGGUGCAGGAGCCCUGUGGUGUGGGGCAGGCAGCAGGACAGACAGAGCACCUCUUUGAGUGUCUUCCCUGCUGCUGUCCUCCAGUUUGAGCUGGGCUGAAGGUGCCAGAGGCACUGCUUAGAUGCAGGUGAGUCCCACCAGGCAGGGGGGAGGCAGUUCCACAAGCUGCUGGUGCUGGCUCCUGGCCCCAAAGGCUCCCCUGGGCUGUCUCAUGCCCUGUUAUGUUGAGAAAGAGGUAGAGUCAGGUGCUGUGGGGUGCCCCAGAGCAGAGGCUGAGGUGGCUCUGAUGCUCUGGGGCCACAGGCUGUGAGGGGAGGAGAUGCCUGAGCCCUCAGGGCAGGGCAGGGUGCAGGCAUGAAGCAUCCUGCCCCACAUCAGGCUUGCUGCAAGGACAGGGACGGGGCUGUUGUCACUGGCUGUGAGGGGAACGUGGUGCUUUGUGCUCAGGGAGGUUUGGCCCCAGGCACAGGGGGUGCAGGUGGCUUUGCUGUGUGGGCAGGGGCAGGAAGCAGUGCCCAUGGUGCUGUGGGUCCCAUGGCUGGGAGCUGGUGCUGCAGUGUCCCCAGCAGUGAGGAGGAGGUUGGGGUGUGCUGUCCUUGCCCACCCCCUCACACCCAGGAGGGCAGCAGUGGGGACAUUGGUGUUGAGCUGCUUGUUUGAGGGGCCACGUGCCAGCCUGUGAGACCCAGCUGGACCCCAGUUAUCCCAGGGGCAGGAUGGGGGAGCAUGGCUUUGGCCUGAGGGUGAGGUCAGGAUUUACCCAGCUUGGGGUGAGGGGGGAGCUGGAGGAAGGGAAGGGCAGGAAGAGGGCACCCCAGUGCCAGGCUGGGUGCUGGAGCUGUGUUUGGGAGGUGGGAUGCAGCAGGGAGGGCAGCAGGCUGGCUGAUGCUGUGGUAACCAUGGAGUGAGGGGCUGCUGCCCUCACUGCUUUGUGCAAUCUCUGCUCUGGAAAGAGAAUAAAUUGGUAUUUAUACUGA